ACCCUAAAUUUUACGAGCUGGAAAAACCCCUACUAUUUCGUUCAAAAUGACCGAAGAUCUCAAACUGAUUGUGCUCGAGGUGAACAAGCUGCUCGAAACGGACUACAAUCUGAUCACGUUCGAUUCGCUGUCGCCGGAAUCGUUGCUCCAGGUGCUGUGCGAUGUGUUCCACGCGUUCGAAGCCAUCGACAAGCUGGACGUGCGGGAAACCGACCCGGAAGACACCAAUGCCCGGGUGAUGGAUGCCCUGCGGAAGAUCCAGUACCGCCCGCCGGGGGACAUUGAUGAUCCGGGCGCGUUCCGCCGUGGGCUGGUCCGUGGCGAGAAGAAACUGAUCCAUCCGAUUCUGCGGUGGACGUUCGAGAACCGGGAAAGGGUUAAGAAGUCUUCUUAUUUGGCGAAGUUCUUGAUUCCAUUGGAUCUACCGCCGGAGGCGAUGUCGAUGCCCGAUCUCAGUAGUCUAUGGGCGCAGUACCUCCAAACAAUGGACGAUUUCAAAGACGCUCACAAGGCGUACGAACAAUCGGUCCAUGAAGGUGCUCAAACCCGGGAACUGCGCAGUGACAUUGGAGCGAUUGAAACCGAAAUCGAGAACGUCAAAAAACGUAUCGAGCGCACUCAAACUCGGCUGGAUAAAGUUCCCCAACAGGAGCUGCUUCUCGAAGCAGCUAACAGCCUGCGUAUCGAGAAGGAGCGCCAACGGGAGCUCUUAUCGCAAAUCGAAGAGCAAAAGCAGGGACUCACUCGAGCCAGCAUGAUACACGAUCGACUGCAGAAGGAUCUGCACAAUGCAAAGAUGUCCGUCCAAGGCGCCACUCCGCAAAAUUUGAUGGAGAGCAUCAUUGAAGAGACGCAAGUGCUGGAAUUCAUGGUUCAACAAAAGCUACCGCAAGAGCUGCUUCAACGUAGAUCCGAGGUACAAAUCCUUCAGGAGGUGAUCGACGAACCCAAUAUCAGUCGAUCCGAUCUCGUCGAAACGCAAGGCAAGAUCGAAGAACUCAAUCGAGAGAUUCAGAAACUGGUAGAGAUUCGCAUGUCCGAGUACAACACCCAAAACGACACGCUGGGACCGUUUCGGCAACAGGCGGCCAUGGUUGCUCGCAACAAAGAAGCUGCCGCCGAGCAGCUCGACCAGAUGACAAAAGAGCUGCGCGAAAUCGACAAACAGCUGGUCGACAAGCAACGCAAGCUGCAGGACACCGUCGGAGAAGUCAUCUUGCGCGGUGAGGAACUCAAACAGUUCGUCAACACGCUUCGCGCCAAAAGUAACGUCUACAAGCAACAACGGGCCGAGCUGGCAUCGGUCAAGGCGGAAGUGACCGAUCUCUCCCAGACCCUGGAGAACCUCAAAACUCAAGAUCCGUCCCUGUCGAGCACCCUGUCCCAGGUGACUGACGAAGAUUCCUCCUCUGUGGUCGGCGGUAGUAGUCUGACGGGGGGCAGUGGAGGUGAAUUCGACAGCCGUCCGGGCUCGCCGGGCAUCGCGUCCCGUGGUAUGACCGAACUUACCCGGCUGGUCGAUGGCCUCCAGCGGGCCGUCACGGCCGCGCGGGAACGUGUCACACCACUGUCGCAGCAGCUCCGCCCGCUCCGGGAACGGGUGAUUGAGUUGAAGGACGAAAUGGACUCGAAGAAGCAAUCCUACGACGCACUGGUCGCCACCCUGAACGCCGAAUCGGCCGUAAUGCAGAGCAAGAUUACCGAAGCGGACAAGUCGAUCAAAUGGCUGGAAUCGCAGUGGCAGGAGCUGCAGCUGGAGUUCGAACGUUCCGAACUGCUACUGGAAAAAGCCAACGAGGAAAUCGCCAAUCUGGCAGCGCUCGAUGGAUCCACCGGGAAGACGGCACGUGUUUCGUUGAAGGAAACAUUGGCACAGCAAAUUUUCGAACAGGAAACCGUUGGGAAGCGAUUGGCCGAGGAAAGGGCGACACUGCAGGGGAGCAAAGUGGAACGCCAGAGGCAGCAGGAGAUGUGGGGUGAUUUGAAGCGGCUGUUCGAGGUGAAGAUUAGAUGUUUCCACGAGAAUAAGCAACGAGGGCCUGGGGGGACGCUCAGCGUCAGUCGUGGCGGAGCGGAGACUUUCACUUUGCAAUGAGUUGGGUAAAAUGUGGAAUAAUCGAGUUUGAGUACAUCAAAUACCAACAAAAGAGUUGUAGCCAGACGCAUGACAUUCUAAUAGGAAAUAUUCACACAAAGAACACAGAAAAAGAUUAAGAUUUAGAACGUCUUAUAAUUGUAUGCUUUCAU